CAACAGUGGAUUCUCCACAGCGUGUUACAGGUGACAAAGGGACCUACUAGAGGUGGAUAAAAUAUCUAAAAGGACGUAAAAAGGUAUAAAAUAUAGAGAAGAAUAGCUGUGAUGGCUGCGUGUGUAAACCGUGCCUGUUCCCUGGUGACUGUCAUUACUGUGCUGCUACAUGGGGCCCAGGCAGGAGUGGUCGAGGACUUCAACCAUGCGGAACGCUGCAAGGGGUCUCUGUACAUGGGGACCCCACCUCGAGGAUACCUCAGCAACUCCUUUAAGAAGAUCUGCCAGCGCUACGGGGAUAAACCACGCUACGUCACCCUGUACGACCCCCGCAAGCACAUCCCCAUCUACUCUGCUUAUACCUUCAAGAAGUCAGACGGGGAGAAGAAGGUGGACUUCCCUUGGAUGUUUGAACCCCAGUUGGCCUCAGAAAAAAGCAGCAGUAACAUGGAGCCCUUCCCUCAUUCUAACAUGCACAUGAACUUUGAGGACACCCAGGCAGUCCUGGAGGACUACGCUGAUGUUGUUCAGUACGAACGUAGCCAGCUGAACCCUGACGAGCAUCAGGCCGACCCACUGGACAAAGCCUCCACGUAUAGUUUGACCAAUGUGGUUCCCCAGAUAAGAGAGUUCAGCAUGGGGCCCUGGGCGGAACACCAGGACAUCAUCCGCAAGCGGCUCAACAACUACUGCCGAGGCAAAGCCUUUGUGGUGACCGGGGUGACCACCUCCGGGCAGACCAUCCGUCGCAGCAACCUGGACCGGGUGGCUGUGCCGGAGUACAUGUGGUCAGCCUACUGCUGCACAGAGUUUGACCAAAACGCACCAUACUUUGUUCGCUACAAGUUCCCCGUGUUCGGAGCGUAUGGGCUCAACGACCGAGUCAACAACAACAUGGUGGAAGUUCCGCUAAAGAAUCUGGAGAAGUUCCUUAAGGGGAGGAUGGAUGUGGAUAAGAAUUUCCAGAUUUUCUAUAAUGACUGUGUGCCAGAUAUUUAAAAAGGUGUCAUUUGUCAGAAUGGGAGUUUAUAGGGUCCAGUAAACUAAAAUAAGAUACGAAAAUAUUUAGUUAUAUGCAAUAAAAUGUUGUUUGGAUUGUAAAAUUAAAAAUAUAUAUAGAAAAUUUAAAUAAAAUGCAAAA